UAUAAAUAUAUAUGAUUAAACCAUUUAGAGGUACUGAUGGAGCAUAAUAUGCUCAUAAUUUUAAAAAUACUUAUCUAUCUGAAGCAGAACUUUAGAAACCAUCUAAAGAAGUAAGUGAAUAGAUUGCAAUUCAUACAAAAAAAUAAUUAGAUUAAAUGGUAUUCUCAAAAUAAUGUGCAACUAUGGGAUAAUUAAGAGCCUCAGAUGGAGCUGCUUAAUAAUAUAUUAAAUAUACUCCAAAAUAAGGAGAAUAACAAACUGGAUAAGAGAAAAUUGUUAAGUAAAAAUUUUUUUUUAAUUUUAAAGAGUUUAAGCUUAGUAAUUAGAUCCUAUGGAACCUCCACGUUUUAAACAUAAAAGAAUUCCUAAAGGUCCAGGAUCACCACCACCAAUUUAAAUGAGAUCUCCACCAAGAAAAUUAACUUUGAAAGAUUAAUAAGAUUGGAAAAUACCUCCUUGCAUUUCUAAUUGGAAAAAUGCUAAAGGUUAUACAAUUCCAUUAGAAAUGAGAUUAUCUGCUGAUGGUAGAACAUUAUAACAUGUAUUAUACAUAUUAUUAAUUUUAAAGCAUACUGUUAAUGCAAAAUUUGCUUAAUUGACUGAUGGUCUAUAUAUUGCAGAAAGAUAAUCUAGAAAAGAAUUAGAAGAAAGAAAUAAAAUAUUGAAAUCUAUGCAAUAUAAAGAAUAUUAAGAAAAGGAAGAAGAAAAUAGAUAAAAAGCUAUGGAAGCAAGACAAAGAAAAAAUCUUCUUUUAGAAUAAACAACAAAAUAAGAAGAUGCUACUGAAAAUUAAUCAUAAUAGGAAUAGUAAGCCAGAGAUGAAUUUAGAUACUUAAGAAAAAGAGAAUUAGAAAGGUAGUUGAGAUAAGAAAACUAAGGAAAGAAAAAAAUUAAUAGAGAUAAUGAUAGAGAUAUCAGUGAAAAAAUUGCCUUAGGUUAAGCAUAACCAACUACUCAAAAUACUUUAUAUGAUCAAAGAUUAUUCAAUUAAACUCAAGGUGUAAGCCAUGGAUUUGGAGAUGAAGAUGAAUAUGAAGCCUUUGAUAAACCUUUAUUUAACGACAAACCACGAGCUAAUUUAUAUUCUGGUAUUUAAUAAGGAGAAGAAGAUGAUAAGUAUUAAGACUUUUUUUAUUUUAAGCAAUAAGAAUCUAAGAAAUGUUCCUGUCUAAUUUGAAAAAUCUGACAAUAUUUUCGGUAUGGAUUUAUUCAUUGCUGAUCCUGUUUCUAAAAAAACUAAGCUUGAUUGAAUCAUUAAUAUAUAUUUUUCAUUUACAC